UACAGAGUUCAUUGGCGCGGAAGGAGCUUCAAAUUUAGAGAGCGCGAAAACCCUAGCAGAGAGAGGAUGGGGCUCGAUCAUCUUCAUCAACAUCAUCAAGCAGCCGAUGGAUUGACGAACUUAUUCACGAAGGCCAAUCACGAUCUCUCGGUUGUUCAAUACAGGCUCGAGAAGGAGUUUCAGCAAAUCUAUCCUGACAGCGCGAAUCCAAUGAAGUUAGCUUUAAGGAUAAAGAAGAUACGGGAUGAUAUAUCAACCUUGAAAGAGCAGUGUCGUGAAGUUUUGAUGGCCAAACAGGAUGUAAUUGAUAAGGCUCGGACUGUUCUUGUUGGGAACAGAAACAUGGUACACAAAAUGCAAGCAUCCAUGGGCAAACCCUUUGUCAGCGAUGAUGAUGAUCCGGCAUUUGUGCAAUUCAAGCAGAUCACUGAAGAGUGGACAACACAAGUUCAAUCAAAAAUUGGGGAAGAUGGCCAAGAGGACGCAGAGUCUAGUGACGUCAACAAGUUGCUAUUCUCGGCUGUAGUGCAGGAAUAAUUCCAAACUAUGCCAGGUAUUUUCAUGACAUCGUUUACUGAGCCCAUGAAGGAGAAUCUGUGCACACAAUUCACUUGCCGACGCUAAAGAUGUCGAGAGGUUAAAUGGCAUGCUUAGCACACCUUGUGAGCCAAAUGUAACUUCAAUAUGAUAUUCAAUGAACAACAUGAAUUUGACCGAUUCUGAAACAAUAUACAACGAAUCUUAAAGCAGCAAAAAGCCAGCAAUCCAUUCGCAAGCUGACUGCUCGAUUUUAAUGAAAACUGCACUAGACGUUGGUUAUGAGAUUUAAUAAAAAUAAUAAUGACAAAUUAUAGUUGACUUGAUUA